UUACCAAAUCCUACCAAUGUCUUCAUUAACCAGUAGUGCUGUACUAAUAUGUACUCUGUGUGUUUUACUAUGUUUGGGUUCGGAUGAUGUCAGUCAGGCUACGCUACAAGGGCUGGAACGACACAAGAUGGUUUUUCACCCCAAUGUCAAUGAAUUUCAUCAAAAAAAGUGCGAAGACUGGAACGGCAACUAUGAACCAGAAUCUGACAAUACGACACAGCAAUGCCACAUGGAUAUUGCUGAAAAUGAAACAAUAGAGACAAUCGUGUAUGACAUUAUCAACAACGGAUAUAACUUUGUUCAUUUAUAUUUACAAUUCUUCGGUAAUGGGAACGCUACCUACACGAAGUGUGUUAUAGAGCCCCAACAGUGGGUGUGGACGUUUGGUGGAUCUCAGAGAGCUUUACAGUACCUCAAAUGGCCGCCGGAGUAUAUUGUCUGGUCAAUGGGAUUACUGGCUACCUAUUCCCAACUAAAUCCUUAUACUGUAAAUAUCAAUGUUCACGAGGACUGUCCCAUCUUUGUUGGAAGGAAAAACACAACAGGACAAAUAGGUUUGACACUGUCGAUGCUUUCUAAAGAAUUAAGUAAACAAGGAGGAAUGAUGUACGACUCCAGUUAUUUUUGUUUCAAAACAAGGACUUACAUAGAAAAUGAGGCAAUAUACAAAUUGUGUUUGAAUGUAAUAUGCCCUUUGGAAGCGACAGGUUACAUUUGCUGUCAUAUGGAGUGGAACUAUAAUCGUUCAGUAUUAGUUUGUCCUUCGGAACCAUUCAUGUAUGACGCGGUCUGGUGGAUUGUUCCGUUUGUUGUAGGAAGCGUUCUUUUUGCCUAUUUCCCUGUUGUCUUGCUCCUUUGUGCUGCAGAAGUCCGUGACAAUUCAGUAACAGAUGAAAAACCACGCAAGUCAACCUCUAUCGUAGACGAAACUACACCGCUCAUAAACACACAGAUGGACACAGACAGUGAUUGGUUAUAUACGAGUACAAUUACGGUCUGGACAAUCCUCGCCUACCAAGUGGUCAUUCUCGGUCGCCGUUUUCCGACCGGUUUAUCAAGAACUUUCCGAUUUCUCUUUGUAAUUUUCAGUUUAUCUUUCAUUGUGAUCAAAGUAGUAGUACAUUAUCGUUAUCAGAAUGAUUUCGUUGUGGCGAGUGUCGCGCAAGGGACUCCUAUGGACUUUCUGUCAGUUUUGGCCGGAUAUGAAGAAAGUAAGCAAAACUUCCUUCGAAGCAUCGGCGGUCCAUACGAAGCUUGUGUAUUGUACUUGAUAGGAAUGAUAAUCUUUAUGGUUAUCCCUAGAGAUUUAUCGAAACUGAUGGAGACAAGUAUUCCUUACAGCCAAACUGGAGGAAUGUCUCCUCUUAUAAUACCAAAACAUAUUCAGGACUGUUUAGGUUCUGUGAAUAUACACGAGACAGUUACAGGUUAUAGACUUGUGUACAGAACAAUGACAUCAAAUUUCUUCAUGUUAUUGAAUUCUGACUUCUGGGCGUACACCUAUCGCAUUCAGAAACAGCGGUUCUGUGACCUACCUGUACAUCGCAUUAUAGCAGUUCUCACAUUCCCUCUGUACUGUGCAUUCUGUUUAUGCGAGAUCUGUGCAUGCAUAAUAUAUUUUGGAUUGCCUAUAAUAUUUUUCAUUGCCGUGUUUCUCAAUUCUUACAUUUCUGCGCUAUGGUGCAUGCUUAAAACUACCAGGCUUUCCUUUCGGAUUCCAUUACUGAUGAUUAUAAUGCCAAUGAUGUUGGGAAUGAUGACGUAUAUUAUAUACAUGUUCAGUAUCAUCUUCGUUGGAAGUUUUAUCUUCCUGUCUCGUGUUGCUAUUUUUACCUACACAGGACUAUUUGCCUUCCCGAACUAUUCGUAUGGAUAUAUCAUCUUCUCCGUUACCAUCAUGCUGUACAUACGAGAUGUAAUCAACCAUGUCCGUGACGUCUACCGUGAACUCUUUCUGGAACUCGUAGAUCUGUGCAGUGUAUAUCAGACGAACAACGCGAACUGUCCAGUCAUGGUGUUCCGGGUUGUCGACAGAGUUAAAUACAUCCCAGGAAAUCUGUUCUUCAAGGUGGUGAAGCGAUAUCAACCUACUAGGUUACAAAUAAUCAAGGCGUUUAUCAAGAUUAUGAUAGUUGUUUUUGUAUUAUUCAUUUCUGUCUACCUGAUAACUAAUUUUCAGAGAUUUAAACAACUCUCUAUUCUUACACAGUCCGUCACUACGCUGUUCGUUUGUCUGUUACCAAAGCUGUUGGAGGGAACGUGUUCACUUAAUGACACUGGAUUCAGCAAGCAACUGAGAACUGAAGUGAUGAAAUGUAUCGAUGAAUAUUGUUCGAAAACAGGUGACUCUGUUUCUGAUGGCCCCAUGUAAAACUUUCUAAAGUAAGCAAAGGAAGUCAUAUGAAUACUGUUACUCAUAAAUGCCUGGCCCAAGCUGUUCAAAGGCUAGUUAGACAUUACCAAUGGUUAACGAAAAUAUUCUUAGAUAUAAAACAAAAUAUGAAACAUAAUUUAUAAUUUCACGGGCUGCAGAUUUGUUGA